AUGUACAAUGCAUAUUCGAAUGGUAAAUCUGAAAUUCUUUUAGGUAAGUUUAUCAAGAAAUACAACAUUCCAAGAGAAAGAAUUGUGAUUCUAACAAAAGUUUAUUCACCUAUGGAUUAUAAUGAUUCCAAUUUUAGUCUAUUCAAAUGUGGUACUGACGAAUAUCCUGAGAUCAACUACGUAAAUUCCCGAGGGUUGUCACGAAAACAUAUUCAUACUGCUGUUGCAAGUUCUGUAAAGAGAUUGGGGACUUACAUUGAUGUGUUGCAAAUACACAGGUUUGAUCAUAGUACGGCUAAAAAAGAAAUAAUGAAAGCAUUGCAUAACGUCGUUGAAUGGGGCAUGUAA